CAACCGCGCAUGUUUUGCAUCAUCCACGACGCUCCCAUGGCCCAGCUUCUCCGCACUUGUCGCCCAGCUUCCUUUCUUUCCUUUCUCCUUUUUCCCUUUGCGCCACCGCCAUUAAGUGGAACCGCCUUUGUUCAGCUCCUCUCCUCUCCUCCCCAUGAAGUCCAAGUUUUUUCUCUCUCUCUUUUCCCCUCCGGAUAGGCGCGAGGGGCGACCAAAGGCGCGGGAAGCGGAGACGUCGAGAGGGCCACGCCUGGUGGAGGGUCGACGGCGGCCGUGAGUGGCUCGUGUUGCUAUUUCGAGCCUGCGGGUAAGCGCUGAGCCCUCGAACCCCCUGAAGCCAAUGGUCCGCGCCUAAGCUUCGGAUGCUGUAGCGCAGCGAACCGGCCUCUGGCUGCACGGCCUUUGCUGCUGUCACACGCCGCCGUGCCAAUGAGCAAGUCGUUUUGCGAGGCGCUACCGCAGCCGUCGGCAAUCGCAGAGCGCCUGUCACAAUGUGGCGUCCAGAGAAGCCGUUGCCUUGUCGCUGGUGAAAGAUAAGUAGCAGUGGUGACUGGUGUUGCUUCCCACCCUCCACAACCUGCAGAUGCGGUCCUUACAGCGAAAUCGACUUUUUCGACUUCAGAUUUCAUCUUCGCCACAUCGUGUUUGCCACGAGCCUCUCGCCCCUCCCCGGAACAGGCCGCAUCGUAUCGUUGCUCAGGCUCAAAGUGACAAGCGGGGACCAG